AUGGCACCCGUGGUUUCUGCCUCUCUUGCUCCCACCACCCGUUUCCCAUCUCCAUCGCCAGAUCCGAUCGGCCGGCGCCGGCGACUCCCUUCCCCCCGUCUCACCUCGGCGCCGACGCUCCCCCAUGCUGCCCCCGACCCACGGGCCCACGUGUCGAUGCCACCGGCGCCCAAUAUCGGCCGUAAAGGUGAGACGAAGCUCGCCGUGUGGACCAGCAUACAACAGGAGAGUUGGGAGGGCGAUCUGGUGGUCGAAGGCCACAUUCCUCCACGGCUGGUAAGCGUCCAAAGAGCUUAUCCGUCGGUGAUUUUCCGCUGUGCCGGUCACUCUAUCUCCGUCCCUCUCUGUAUAGAUCGUUGUAGAAUUUAGCACUUUUUUUUUUCUGGACGGGGAUUCACUUGACGCGGUUUUGCAGAAAGAAACGUACCUGAGGAACGGACGGGGACUGUGGAACAUCGAGGACCACGACUUCGUCCACAUGUUCGACGGGUACGCCACCCUCGUCGGCGUCCACUUCGAUGACGGAAGGGUGAAGGCGGGGCAUCGCCAGAUACAGUCGGAGGCGUACAAGGCGGCCCUGAAGAACAAGCGACUGUGCUACCGCGAGUUCUCCGAGAACCCAAGGACCGAGAACCUGCUCGCAUACAUCGGCGAGCUCGCUGGCCUAUUUUCCGGGUCGUCGCUGACAGAUAACGCCAACAUCAGCGUGAUCGAGCUGGGCGACCGACGGGUGAUUUGCAUGGCGGAGACCAUCAAAGGCACCAUCCACGUCAACCUCGACACUCUGGAGACCUUGGGGGCCUACCUCAGUGCAGCCACCCGAUCGUCACCGACUCGGAGUACCUGACGCUGCUGCCGGACCUGGUGCGACCGGGCUACCAGGUCGUCCGCAUGGAGCCGGGAAGCAACGUGAGGAGGCUGAUCGGCCGGGUGGAUUGCCGGGGAGGGCCGACGGCUCGAUGGGCCCACUGGUUCCCCGUCACCGAGAACUACGUCGUCGUGCCGGGGAUGCCGCUGAGGUACAGCGUCAAGAACAUCCUCCGCUCCGAGCCAACGCCCCUAUUCAAGUUCGAGUGGCACCCCGACUCCGGCGCCUUUAUUCACUUCAUGUGCAAAACCAGUGGUAGCAUCGUGAGUCAUCGUAGACAUGACCCUACUCUUUCUCUCUCUGCACCCCGUAAACGGGAAGAGGGCGGCACUUCGUUACUCAUCAAAUUUCACUGCUGGCGCCAUUGUUGCCAGGUGGCGAGCGUGGAGGUCCCCCAGUACUUGACGUUCCACUUCAUCAAUGCCUACGAGGAGCAGGACGGGGACGGCCGGGUGGUGGCGAUCGUCGCUGACUGUUGCGAACACAACGCCGACCCCGCCAUCCUUGAAAAGCUCACACUGCAGAAUCUCCGAUCCUUUUCCGGUGUGGACUCCCUACCAGAUGCAAGGUGAACAAGAGGAGAGUACCCUCCCUUCCCUCCAGCAGCUCUCUCUCUAACCCUCGGCGUGGCAUCGAUUGGCAUUCGUAGGGUCGAGCGCUUUAGGAUACCUCUAGACGGGACUCCCCGGGGGUUGCUGGAGGCGGCGCUGGACCCAGAGCACCAUGGCCGGGGCAUGGACAUGCGCUCAAUCAACCCCAAAUACAUGGGGAAGAAGUACAGAUACGCAUACGCGUGCGGGGCCAAGCGCCCCUGUAACUUCCCCAACGCCCUCACCAAGGUGAACGAAGAAGAAUUCACUUCGGAUGGCUUCCAAAUCUUCAUGCCUGACAGUCAUCUCCUUGCUCCUGCAGAUCGAUCUUGUGGAGAAGACGACGAGGACCUGGCACCAGGAAGGCGCCGUGCCGUCGGAGCCCCUGCUCGUGGAGCGACCAGGCGCCGUCCGGGAGGACGAUGGUGGGUAUCGCCGCCGGUUUCGUUCAUCUGCCGGAGAUUUUAGUCUGAGUAUCCACCACGGCUACUCUGUAUCGCAGGCGUGGUAAUUUCCCUGGUUAGCGGCAAGGACGGCGAGGGGUACGUGCUGCUGCUGGAUGGCUCUACGUUUGAGGAGAUCGCAAGAGGAGGGCUUCCGUACGGUCUUCCAUACGGGCUACACGAAUGCUGGGUUCCUAGAACAUGA